UCAUAGAAAAGAAACAAUUGGAAAAAUAUUUUUAGAGUGAAUAAGUUUGUUAGGCGAAAAUUUGAAAUAUCGCUCAUUCUAUGACGUAUUAUCCUGCGACGCCGAGCGUCGGUCGUUUAUCUAUAUAUUUGCACACAUUCCUACGGUAGUAUAAUAAGCGUCGCUCUCCCAAAUAUUUGCUACUUUAUUCGCAAGAAUCUCAAAAGGCACAUCGAGUAAAUUACUUGUGAAGUUUAUUGUCACUUUGCGAAAAAAGGGACUGAAUUGAGUGAACUUAGUGGUCGUAUUUUACGAAAUUUGAAAAUGUCUGCUUGUGUUAAAACUGCAGCAUUUGACUCACCCCUGAGCUCGAAAGUCGCCCUAUUCAAUGCUGUGGCUAACAAACAUAUCCAAAGUCAAGCAGUGAACCCAUUUUCAAACGAUUGCAAAGCUGGGGGUUUACCCAGACCGAAAAUUUCCAAAGAGGAAUAUGGACGACCCGCCAGAGGAUCUCUGUCUGAAGCCAGAGGGUUUAAAGCGACAGCACAAGUUUGCAGAGAGAUUUUAGAGCUUUGUGAAAUUAUCCACGAACAAGGGGAACCUUUGUUUACCCCCGAGGAAAAACCGGAUGAUCCCAGAAUAGUUAUCAGUUUUGGGGAACUUUUUUCGCUAUACACCGUCAUAUCAAACAAUUUGGUAGGAAUUUUACUUCGAGCGAGAAAGCAUAAACUCGUCGAUUUUGAAGGGGAAGUUCUGUUUCAGCGAAGGGAUGACCAUGUACCUAUAAUUCUACUUAAACCAAUUGCCGAAAUAAGAAAAAUAUUCCGGGCGAAGAUUGACGAAGCGGUAAAAGCCCAAAAAAUUAGUGAAGAGGAACACAACAGUGAUAGCAAUUAGGAACAGAUAAAAUUUAGCCAAAGAACCAGUAGAAUAACUUUCCAACUUCCAACAUAUCUUAAAAAACAAUUCGGAAUAUUUUUAUUUAUGAAAUAAAUCGAUUUUUAUGUAUUAAGUUUGUAUAGGUAUAAUAAUAAUGUAGAAGUACGUUAAUUUAAGAAGGUAUAGAAAUGACAAUCCCUGAGGCACAAUUUGUAAUUAAAUUUUGUACAAUAGAGACCAAAUAAAUAUAUUUUCAUAGUCAUAAUA